AAUUUUCGUCCUGGGCCGUUGAUGGUGUGAUCUACGUGGUUUUUUCUUUCUAAAAUUCGCCUCUUUUUUUAUUAAAAUUUUUUUUUUAAGUUACUAUAUAGGGUUUAAAUGUAAAAAUGGGUAUUUUGGAAAGAAUUGCCGAAAUUGAGAAUGAGAUGGCCAGGACCCAGAAGAACAAAGCAACAAUGGGUCAUUUAGGUUUACUAAAAGCCCGCCUGGCCAAACUAAAAAGGGAACUGAUUGAACCAAAGGGAGGAGGUGGAGGCACUGGGGAAGGAUUUGAUGUUGCCAAAACAGGAGAUGCUAGAAUUGGAUUUGUUGGCUUUCCAUCAGUUGGCAAGUCGACUUUGCUAACAAAUCUUGCUGGUGUGUAUUCAGAGGUGGCAGCCUAUGAAUUUACCACACUUACAACUGUCCCCGGCUGCAUUAAGUACAAAGGAGCUAAGAUCCAAUUGCUAGAUUUGCCUGGAAUCAUAGAGGGUGCGAAGGACGGGAAGGGACGAGGAAAACAAGUCAUCGCUGUGGCGCGUACAUGCAGUCUGGUCUUCAUAGUCCUGGAUGUUUUGAAGCCACUUCAGCACAAGAGAAUACUUGAGAGUGAGUUGGAAGGCUUUGGACUGAGAUUGAAUAAGACCCCACCAAACAUAACGUUCAAGAGAAAGGACAAAGGCGGAAUUAACCUAACUGCAACUGUUGCCCAAUCAGAACUCGACAUUGACACUGUUAAAGCUAUUCUGGGCGAGUACAGGAUCAGUAAUGCCGAUGUAACACUACGACAUGAUGCCACUACCGAAGAGCUGAUAGACGUCAUCGAAGGGAAUCGAGUGUAUGUGCCGUGCAUAUAUGUACUGAAUAAAAUCGAUCAAAUAUCUAUUGAGGAGUUGGACAUAAUCUACAAAAUUCCCCACUGUGUUCCAAUCUCUGCCCAUCACAAAUGGAACUUUGACGAUCUUCUUGAAAAAAUGUGGAACUACCUAAGACUCGUUAGGCUUUAUACGAAGCCCAAAGGUCAACUGCCCGAUUAUACAUCACCUGUUGUCCUGAAAGAAGAACAUCAAUCUGUUGAAGACUUUUGUAAUAAACUUCAUAGGAACAUUAUCAAAGAGUUUAAAUACGCUUUAGUUUGGGGGUCCUCAGUGAAACAUCAGCCCCAAAAGGUUGGCAAGGAACACGUCCUCAAUGAUGAAGAUGUCAUUCAAAUUGUUAAAAAAAAAUAGCAGUUUUUCAAGCUUGGGUUGGACGUUCUUCUUGACAUUUACUUUCAAAAAACUUUAAAAA